AUGACAUCUUUGACCGGGGCCAUGCCGUUGGACGAAUGGUUGAGAAAACAUCUAUGGAUGAUUGUGGGAAUCGAGAAGAGGGAAACUAUGUAUUCGAGCGCUGACGAGCUGGACAACAAGAUUACGAAGCUAUGCGACCUGAACUUGGGUGAUAACUCGAAUGAGAAAAAGUACAGAGAACUGAUGGAGUAUUUCUACUGCAACCCGGAACACUCAUAUUACGAUGCAUCGUCAAGCUGGAAUAUAACACCCUGGGCGUCGCUGAUGUGGAAGCUGCUAGAUAACGUCAGGCAGCAGAGACGCGCGCAGUUGGCAGCGAAAGCGAGGAAGGAUUUGGAAGCGAUGGUACAAGCGUCAAAAGCCAAUAACCAGGCGGUGCCUCACAACGACAAUCUCGCUUUGACUCUGAAAGAGAUGAUUGUCAGGGAGGAACAAGCGGAUCCGUAUCUGGCGAUGUUCAACGAAUGGCUGGAUCCAAAUGCUCAAGAGGCUGAGUUGAUGGACUACGAAGACUCUUGCACGCCAACGCCUUCGAGGCCAGGAUCGCCCUACCACCCAUCCGUCAGUCCCACCCACAUUGGUUCGACUGGCGGUAGUUCGCUUUCAUUCAAUACCGCGCCAGACUUCUCGAACACAAACCUCGGAAACAACUUCAGCAACCUCAACUUACACUAG